AGUCUCCCGGUUUUCGUCGACAGCUUUCAACGUGUAAUUGCAGCCUCAUAUCGUUUACUGGAGCAGAGUGUGCCUCCUUCGACCUCAAACAAAAUGGUUUUCUCUCAGACUCUUCGCCGCGCUGCGGCUCAGAACGCCAGUGGCUACCGUUCUCCCUUCGGUCCCAAGUACUCGACUCCCCUCCACUGGCACGGUCUUACCACCCGUGGUACCAUUGCCAGCGGCUUCGGUGUCAGCGCCGGUGUCUUCCUUCUGUUCUUCUUCGGCGAGGUCCCCCGUGUCCGCCGUGACAUCCUCCAGAAGGUCCCCUUCCUCGAUGAGUACUUUGACCGCACCAUCGCCCCCGAGGACAACGUAUGUGGGAUCCUAUUGUCAUGCACACGAACGAAUGCUAACACUCAAACUAGCCCUUCUAAAUUAUGUCCUUAAUAUCGAGACAAAUGUUGUUUUUCCAUUAUACACAAGGCCCGGUCACCCUGUACGGAUAUACCGCUUCAUAGCUGGACAGCAAAAGAGACUUGAGGUGCUGUACGUGUAGAAUAGCGAUGAGUUUUUUAUAGCACAUACUAGAGAAAGCCUGCUUAUAAACAAACUGUUCUCCGGUAAUCUUACC